UUUAGUCUAUCGUUUACCUCUCGACUUGACGCGCGGCCUCUGAGAGAAGACCUAGGCAGUGGCAGUGGCUCAGAUGGGUGAAAUAUCCUGUGUGGACAGCCGUGAAUCCGUGAGGAGUGCUAGUUUUUAGAGCUGAACCCUUCAGUAGGAAACAAACAACAGAAAAAAAAACCACAGGAAAGGCGCAACAGGACGGGCGCGAAAACAGUGAAAACCAGAAAAAGAAAGUCGAUAAAAGGAAGCAGGAAAGGAAGAAAAAAAAGGGAAGUCGGGCUUUUGGACAAAAAUUGCAUCUGUCAGGAUCGGGCUCGGAAACAACUGUCCUGUCGGGGCUGUUGUGGCUGUUCGGCGUGUUGGUGUGUGUGUUUUGAUACGGUGCAACAUCCUGCGUUGUUGAAAAACCCGAAAAUACAGCACAACAAAACGGAUGAAAUAAUAGAUGCAAAGAAAGGGCAGCAGGAUAGUAGUAGUGUGGGAAAACAGAAUGUGCAACAUGCUGUAAUGUUUCGGGGUUAGAAUUCGAUGAAAAUCGUGGUGGAAAAAAAAUAGGUAUCAUUAUUAAUAGGGGAUGAUAAAGUGUGGCAGUUGAACCUGGAUGACAGUUGUUGAAAAAGUAUACUGUCUGGCCAGCAGAGUGCAUCUUUUUUUAUUUUUUGGUUGGUGAAUAAUCAUCUUGUAACGGAUUUAAAUGUGUGUGAUAUUACAACGUGAAAAGCUCUGCGACAUUGGCUGGAGGUAGAAAAAGAGGCGAACAACCGAAUCCUGCCACCAUACUAUCAUCAGUGAUACGGUUUGAGUGCGACGUUUGACACACGAGUGAAAUUAUCGUAACGUGUAACAACAACGAAGAAUCAGCAAAUCGAAAAUCGGUGAAAAGAAAACAAAGUGUCAAGUAAUAACAUAUUCGCAGGGAAAUUAAGUUGAAGCAAUUGGAAGCGAAAGAGAUAAGCGGCAACCGAAAAAAAAUGUUGAGUGUUUGUGAAUUAUAAGUGAGGUAACGAAAGAAAAAAAAAGAAAAGAAAAGCAAAAAAAAUCAAUCAACGAAACCGCAGCUAAAGAGUUGUGUUGUCGUUGUUGUGAAAGAAGUGUUUACACUCGAGGAAGAGGAACAACACAACACCAUAACAACAACGUUCCGGGAAGGGAGCCCAGUGUGAAGAACAAUCACAGUAGGCCAACUUACAGGAUACUGAUUCUGAGUGCAAACAAAAAAAAGCGUGUUUUGCGUGUUGUUCGAAAAGUGCACAGAAACGAAAGAAGUCAUCUCCAAGUCAGUGUUUAUUGAAUAAGCAGGAAGUGAAACUUGUGUCCGGUUCGGCGAGGAAGAAGAAGAAGAAGAUCAUCGUCGACAGCAAAGAACGAGAAGAGAUUGUUCAGAAUUCUAGUAGCAGUUGUUGACCCGUAGCACCGUAGCACUCAUAGAAAACACACACGCACACAAACACAUACACACACAGGAAAAAGGAGUACAAGUGCAGGUCACCCCAGAGACAACAAACAAACUGUUUAGAUAUCGAAGAAGAAACAGUCACAUUUUGGAUUAAGUAGCUGUCGACGAAUGAAGUUGCUGCCGAUCAGUUGAAUGGAUUACCAACGAAGCGCGGACAUUAAUAUCUAAACAGGCAUGGAAAAACUAUGAGUGCCCAGGGGGGCUCCCCAGGGGUCCCAUCGAUGGGUGAUCGUGGAUCUCCGCUGUCAGGAGUAUUUUCUGCUUUUCUGCAACCAGUGUCUGUGUGUCUGUAGGUAGAAAAAAACAAAUCAUCAUCCAAACAACCGCUAACCACUUCUAGUUCUGAAGGAAACAGCUGCCUACCGACCGAAAAUUCACCGGGGUGAAAAUUUAGAGGCCUUGCUAAGCUACGAAACUACACGCUAGUAACGGAUUAGGGAAAGUUCUGCAACAAAAUAUUUACUCACUCGAGAUAUGGUCGCUGCAGCCGGGGGACAACAAGGCGGAAUGGACGUCGGAUAUAACCCUCAGAUGAACAACAUGGCGAUGCAUUCGCAAUCAUCAUGGAACCAAAUGAACGGAAUGAAUGGAAUGAAUCAGAUGAACGCCAUGAACCAGAUGGGCGGCGGCGGUGGAGGCGUUGGUGGAGUAGGAGGUGGCGGAGGCGGAGGCAUGAACCAGAUGAGUGUCGGCAUGAACCCCAUGGGUCAGAUGGCAUCGGGCGGCGGUGGUGGUGGUGGUGGAGGUAGUGUAGUGGGCGGUGGAGCGGGUGGCAAUAUGGCCGGGAUGGGUGGAAUGCAGAUGAACCAAAUGGGUUCGAUGAAUGGAAUGGGAAACUACGGAAGGCACCACCAGCAGAUGAACCCGAUGGCACAGAUGAUGAACAUGGGAAUGGGAAUGGGAGGCCAGAUGGGUCCGGCGGCCGGAAUGAAUGGAAUGAACCAGAUGAACAGUAUGAAUCCACUUAGUCAAAUGAACCAGAUGUCACCGAUGUCGAAGAUGCAAGGCAUGGCCAACGGAUAUCCACCGCACCCUAGACGGAUGGCUCCCUAUCCGAACCCGCAGAUGCAGAUGGCCCAGAAACGUUCGCUGUACGGAAUGGGUCAGCAAGCGAUGCCCGGAUCAGGAUCUCAAUUUCCCCCUCACCAACCGGCUGGAGUUCCUUUACCAAUGCAAGCAAACACCGGCUACGGAAGGCACGGUCCAAUGCCGUUGAACUAUCGGGGAGGUCCUCCGAUGAUGCAACAACGGCAGAACACUCCUCCGUACGGAACCAACACAAACCACAGUCAACAGUAUUACAAUACGGGCUACCAGAGUAUGCAGGGCUACCAGCCGGACAUUCGGAUGAACUACCAGCAUAGUCCCGUACCCGGCAAUCCAACACCUCCACUUACACCCGCCUCUUCCAUGACUCCGUACAUCAGUCCUAAUCCGGACCUUAAGCCAAACAUACCACACAAAGAUGAAGAGCUCCGACUCACGUUCCCUGUCCGGGAUGGUAUCCUGUUGCCACCGUUCCGAUUGGAACACAACCUCGCUGUCAGCAAUCACGUAUUCCAGCUGAAAUCGACCGUGUACAACACGCUGAUGUGCCGGCCCGAUCUGGAACUACAGCUGAAAUGUUUCCACCACGAAGACCGACAGAUGAACACAAACUGGCCGGCUAGUGUGCAGGUUUCGGCCAACUCGACCCCGCUGGAGAUCGACCGGGGCGAUAACAAGAAUACCCAUCGGCCGCUCUACUUGAAACAGGUCUGCCAACCGGGUAGAAACACCAUUCAGAUUACCGUUAGCACUUGCUGUUGUUCCCAUCUCUUCGUUCUGCAACUGGUGCAUAGGCCAUCGGUCAAUCACGUACUGCACACGCUUCUGAAGCGCAAUCUCCUGUCGGCCGAGCAAGCGGUGGCCAAGAUCAAACGUAACUUUGCCAUUGGCGGCCACACAACAACGAACCCCCAUCAGCCACUGGGUGGUGGUGGAAAUGGACCGGGCGUUGACAAGGAUUCCCUGGAACCUGCCUCCUCGACUAAAGUUUCCCUCAAAUGUACCAUCACCUCGAAGCGAAUAGCACUGCCAGCGCGCGGUCACGAUUGCAAGCACAUUCAGUGCUUCGACGUGGAAGCAUAUCUGGCACUUAACUGCGAACGCGGCAACUGGAGGUGUCCUGUGUGCAAUAAACCUGCUCUGACCGAAGGUCUCGAAAUCGAUCAGUACAUGUGGGCAAUUUUGAAUACACUGAACUCUUCCAACACCCCGAACGGUUUGGAAACGGAAGAGGUCGUGAUCGAUUCACAGGCCAACUGGCGAGCGAUCAAACCUGCUAACAACGCUCCGGGCAGCAACACUCCCGGUGGCGGUGACGGUGGAAACGGACGGGGCAGUUCGACACCGGUUCUGGUCGGUAUCAAACCGGACCCGGACGGAGAUAGUAAACAGUUCAGUAAGGUUAUGUCACCGGGAUCGACUUCGCUGCCUACGUGGGAUAAUAUGAACGCCAUGAGUCCGUACAUGAGCCCGGACAUGAGCUCCAUUGCCAGUGGAAGCAUGAUGGGAUCAAAUAACUACAAUCAGCGAACACAGUUCGAUUCGUUCGGUAAUCCCAUCAAGCAGGAACAGUUUGGGAACCCGGUCAAACAGGAACCGAACAGUGGCGCGGCGCAAGGGAACGGAUCUGGCAACGCUGGUGACUUCGGUAGCAAUCCACUGGCACAUCUGAGCGAUUCCGUUAAUUCGCUUGAUCCGCUUAAUGCGAUGGAAAAAUCGCUUAACGAUCAGAUGCCCCACACACCUCACACUCCACAUACGCCGGGCGGUGGUAAUUCUUCCGGACAUCCAAUGACCCCCGGUGGACCACCGAGCGUACCGCCGUCGGCAAACGAGCUCAACUCGAGUCAGUCCGGUGGCAACGGAAGCGGCAGCAACAACAACAACAGUAGCAGUAGUAGUGGCAACAACGGCAGUAACAAUAGUUCCAACAACAAUAGUAGUAACAACAGUACUGGCAACACGGCCGGUAACCAAAACAACCAAAACAACAAUAGCCAUAGCAACCCGGGCGGCGCAAACAGUUUGAUGCAUUCGCCUCAGCACCAACAGCAACAGCAAGCCAUGGGAAUGGGUAACAACCCGGCGGCCAACAUCAUGAACUCACCGCAGAGUCUAAUGAAUUCACCGCAAAAUAUGAUGAACUCACCGCAAAGCAUGAUGAACUCGGCCAACAAUCUCCAGCAGAAUCUGAUGAACACGAUGAACUCGAUGAUGCAGAAUCAACAGCAGACGGGUCUGGUCGGGCUGACCGAUGUCGAUCUACCGGUCGAUCUUAACUUCGAUCCCGCUGCGGUCAUUGAAGGCGAAGGGGGCAACGAUCUGAAUCUUCUACCGGACAACGUCGUCGACCCGAUGGAAUUACUGUCGUAUCUGGAUCCACCGCCGGAUCUGAACACACCACCGUCGAGCGGUUCCAGCAACAAUGCCAACAGUGACGACAUUCUGGCCGCACUGUUCGACUAGAGGCACGCCCGGCGGCAGCGGCGGCAAAACAGCGCAUAAUCGAGAACUAUACUGCAAGCUGCAAUGUGAUGGGUUUUUGUUUUUGUUUUCAUCCAGAUUUUUUUUUUCUGUCAAAAGCAGUCAAAAUUGUUUGUACAGAACAAAGAGACAUUGUUUUCCUAAAUGUGUAACGAAAUAAAAAAAAAAAAGAAAUAAAACGAACGAACGGUUCGAUUCGGUACGGAAAUGAGCAAGGCUUUGCAGAUCGGGAGGCGGAAAAUGAAAUGUGAUUUAAAAAAAAGCGGCGCUAAUCUAAUGUUGUAAAGCAAAGGUUACGGUUACGGAAGACGAACGGGAUUAUGGACCUAGAAAGUGAUAGCCAAAAACCCGCCACUUUUGAAUGCUUUUACACGGCAUUAUUUUUUUUUUAAUUCAAUAUUUAUUUUCCAUGAAAUAGUUCUUAGUCUUUUGUAAAAAGAAAAUUAUUUAUUUUGUACAAAACGAAGA